AUGCAUUCCAAUUUAUAUGAUAAGGAAAAAGGGCAAGAUUGUAAACCAGUCGGACUUCCACCAUUACGAUCGUUACUUACUACUCUGGAUUCCAGAAAUCCUGGGGUCACACCUGUAACAACUUUGAAUUUCAAUAAUCGAAAAUCAUUCACAAAUAGUACAAUAUUACCGAUCCCCCAAGCGUCCACACUAUCGAAUCCCAUCAAUAUUACAGGUAAUCAGAACAACAAUGGUAUAAUAAUAAAUAAUAAUAAUUUGCUAACUUUUAAUCACCCUACAACAACAGAUUCGGUCCCUGUAGCGCCUUUAACAACGUCAAUGACAUCAGUAGGAAAUAGCCAACAGCAGUUACCUUUCAAUAUGAGCAGCCGAACGCAUGAAUUUGAACUUUAUCGGUCCACAGCAGGUGCUAGCUCACCUAAUAAUAUGUACGAUCCUUUCCCUAAGUAUCAUAAACCAGAAAUACUUCUGAAAGAUCAAUAUGACCAUAAUAAUAAUAAGAAUAAUAUGAACUGUGCUGUUUCUAAAGCUAUUUCAACGCCGACUAUAAAUUCUAACCCAAAAGUUACUAAAAAGAAAUUGAAAAACCAUACAUCCUAUAUGACAAAAUUUCCUAUAAUAAAUCACAUGACUCAUAACAAUAAUAUCAAUAACGAUACUUCAACUAUAACAAUAAAUAAUGAGAAAAAUUAUGAAACAUCAACAACUCCAAGUCCGAAGCAGCCAUCACCGGAGAACAAACCAGUAAAUGUGUCCAGCGAUGUGGUGGAAGAAUUGACCUCAUUACAACAUGGUAGAAGAUCAAAUUUACCCAAAGAAACCAUAAGGAUAUUGAAUUCAUGGUUAUUAAAUCAUUUACAAAACCCAUAUCCGACGUCACAAGAAAAAAGAGAUUUAUUAAUUAAGACUGGGCUAACAAAAGUUCAACUGUCAAAUUGGUUUAUUAAUGUUAGAAGAAGGAAAAUCUUUCACGAUUAUUAUGAAAUGGCUCAGAAUAUGAAAAGCUCGCAAGAUGACUCCGAGACAGAGACAAACAACACAAAUAACUUUAUUAAUCAAAUGAGACCUGCAACAUCGAAUGACGAAACUGCAGAAUAUGAUGAUCUAGAUAGAAGAUUUGCACAUACACCAGUGACAAGAAGGAAAAAUUGA